AUGGUUGUCAUCAUUGUGCGCGACCUUAACGGGCAGGUCCUUUUCAGGGAGGAUGUGUCUUUGCCCUUGCCCACUGGUGCAGAUCUCUUACAAAGGCUGGACUGCAGUAGCCUUGACCAGCUUCUGCCGGCGGGCCACUCCAUCACGGGCGAGAUCCAGCCAAAGGACGGCGAUGAAGAGGUCACGCUUACGUUGGUUCGAGUUCGUUGCAACCUUCUUGAAGGCUUCGCAGAAGACCUGAUCAGAAGCCUCACUUGUACCCAUGCUCUCGAGCUUCCACCUGGCUACCUGAAGCAAGAACACUGCCUCUCCCUUGUCAAGUCCGAGACGGUCCGCAACUCUGGAUGGUACUUUUGGGAACACAAGAUCUCGUCGCAUGUGCUACUUCUCCAAGAUGGCAGCAUAUUCACGAAGCAAAGCUCUAGUGUCGUGAACGCCAAGAGAGGGGAGCAGAUUCACUGUCACUCGAUUGUAGAGGGCCGGUUCGAGCCGGUUCUGACAACACCCGGCGAGCUCCUUGUGACCUGGACCAGUGCAGCAGAAAUCGAGGCAAAAAGGCCGUGGAGCCGCCUUCACGAGAAAGCUUCAGAUUUUCGGAAAGCCACCUGGGAGCGCAGGAAUGUUUUGGAUGUUCUUCCGACGGCACUUCAGACGGAGACGGGUCGCUUGGACCUGCAGCAGCUUUGCUACAAGUGGCCUCAGUCCCAGCAGGCCCACACCAGCCUUGUCAUGCCAUGCCUCUCCGAAAAAGUGCUUGCAGAUCUCGGCAUGAAGCCCACGAACUUAUGGUUCUGGUGCCCACAAGCAGAGGUGUACCCGCUUCCUGAUGAUUUGCGCCACGCGCUGUCGCAGCUUGAGGUCUCCAGCGGCAGCUCGCUUACGGAAGCAGGGCCCUUGUGCACAAGCUCACAGGCGGAGGAGCGCCUUCAUCCUGCGAUGAGCUUCGUCUCCAUCGGCUGUGCAGUGCAAAAGGCCUUGAUGAAAAAGGGUCUCCUCCCGGCAGAGCUGACGGCUGCACUGGGUGUUCCGCCCGACUGCGGUGCCGUGGCUCCAGCCGUGGUUCCCGAGCCAAGCCCCUACGGCAUGCCAAGGUUCGUCCGGGAUCGCUGGAAAAAUGAUGUGCCCAAAGGGCGCUGGCUCAGCAGCUUCCUCCAGCAG